AUGACCUUUGUGCCCACGGCUGCCAGUGUGCAUAGGUGCCAACGUAGCCUUGCCAGAGAGCGCUGUCUUCGCGUGCGACUUCGCUUGGAAGGUUUGCGGAGCUGGGACUCCAACAGUGUGGAACUGUCCAAGAAGAGGAGAAUCGGGAUAGACCAAGGCACCACCAAGAAGGACACCAAGAAGGUUGACAAAGCCGUGAAAACUCCAGAGUCGCGGCGCUCAGAAGCAGAUGACCAUUACGUUGAUCUCGACUCAGUGGAUGAGUCGCCCUCGGAUUCCAGUGGUGAAAUGGGUGCCGAGCUCUUCCGCGCUUGGGCCGAUGCGAACUUUCAGAAAGGGAACCUCUCUCCCAGCACUGGACAAUCGCAGCAACACUGGCUCUUUGGAGACCAGGCUGGUAGUUCAGAGUCCGGCUCACUUGAAUCAAGUGAGGAUAAGAAAGGGGAGAAAGCAUCCUCUUCAGGCAGGG